AUGAAGACAUUAACAUUUACAUAUAUCUAUAUAUAUCUCUUCCUAGCAAUUAUUAAAAUAAAUCAAAUAAAUUGCUACCGAGUCGUGGAAAGACUAUCAGAUAGCAGCGAUAGUUGUGAUGGAGUUUUAUCUCCCGACUUGAUAAAAGAAAUCGACAGCUACCAGCCGAUAGUCGACAGAAUAGUCAAUGAAGCUACCAAUGGUAGCUUCAAAGGAAGAACUUGGAGGGAUCUUUCUGAUUUUGUUGAUGAUUAUGGGUCCAGGUUCACGGGAACGCAGAAUCUUGAAGAUGCUAUUGAUCAUGUUCUGCUGAGGUCCAGAGAAUUUGGGCUUGAAAAUGUUCAUGGAGAUGUUGUUCCGGUUCCGAGAUGGAUCAGAGGAAAUGAAUCAGCGACAAUGUUGUCUCCUAGAGAAAAGAAUUUAAGGAUGUUGGGACUUGGUUAUAGCAAUGGAACUGGAACGUCACCUGGCGGGAUAACGGCUGAAGCAAUUGUUGUGGAGAGUUUUGAGGAACUAAAAAAACGUGCUUCUGAGGUUCCGGGAAAAAUAGUAGUAUACAACCAAAAAUUCAUCUCGUAUGGCAAAACAGUAGAAUACCGCAGCCGUGGUGCUAUCGAAGCAGCCAAACUGGGAGCAGUGGCGACCCUGAUAAGAAGUAUCACCCCAUUUUCAAUCUACUCACCGCACACCGGGAUGAUGUCCUACUCUGAGUCAGUGAAGAAGAUUCCCGCGGCUUGUAUCACCGUGGAGGACGCGCACCUGCUGGGCCGCCUGGCCAAAAGAGGCAAGAAGCUAAGAAUCAAUAUCAAGAUGGAUGCGCACCUGCUGAAGGCCAGCGGCCGUUCCAGGAACCUAAUCUCGGAGAUCUCGGGUUCUACUAAACCCGAGAAGGUUGUCGUGGUCUCCGGGCACGUAGACAGCUGGGACGUCGGCCAGGGCGCCAUGGACGACGGAGGCGGCGCUUUUUCUUCCUGGGUUUCAGUGCUGCUCCUCAAGGGCUUGGGCUUACAGGCCAAAAGGACAAUUCGCUCUAUUAUGUGGACUGCGGAGGAAAUGGGAAUUAUUGGGGCUAAUUAUUACAUUAAGAAUGGCCCAGACAUCGAGAACUGGGUGAAUGACGGCGUACCUGGAGCGUCUUUGUGGAACAAAAAUGAACGUUACUUCUGGUUCCAUCAUUCUGAAGGCGACACAAUGGACGUAGAAGCUCCCGACAAUUUGGAUAUGGCAACGGCGCUUUUUGCAGCGACUUCGUAUAUUAUCGCUGAUAUCAAUCUUGAUUUACCUCGAAAUCCAUGA